CAGCCAUGAGCAUGGCGAGAGACCAGCCGGUUAGGUAAGACGGGCAGAAUGCUUCCUAAUGCGAAUAAUGGAACUGUCAGAGGUCAACCAUGGAGGGAGGAGAAUGAGUGAAACUGCCAUGCGUGAAUGAGCCUGAACGUCGUCAAAGCCGAGGUAUAUUCCUCUCAUACGGCGAGUCAGAACUAUCCACAAACGAACAAACUAUCUCGUACUGUAGAUAGCCCUUCCGAUAGGCCCUCCGAGGCGAUCCAAGCAUUGUCCAAAAUGCAUCACCCAAAUCCGCCCAUCCCACAAUGUUUCCAACCCAAAUCUAAUUUGCGUCUCAUAUCGCUGAUGCUACCCCUUGUUUCCUGGAGCAUAGCCAAAGAUUUGAUUGCCGUCGUCAUUAAGAAAGACAGAAAGAAAAAGGAUAAGACUAAAGAGGAAGAAACCCAAACGCUCCAUGUCGCUUAAAACGUCCAACGCCAAUAAUCAACAAGAGUAGACAACAACCCCUGCGCGGGGGUUGCCUCGUGACAGCCGAUGGCCGACUGCCGCUCGGAAAACAACAAAGG